AUGAUCCGGCCAGAGCAAGUGCUGGCUGAUGAGUUUGUUAAGGCGAGGAUGGACUUGGCGUUCCCGGAUGGGGAGGAAGGGGAACCUUUUGUCACGAUUGGUAGUGAAGUUUUGACGGUGAUGCGGGGGUUAUGGAAAAGGUGUAUGAUUGUCAAGGUUUUGGGUCGGAAUAUACCUAUUGCGGCGAUGAGUAGGAAGCUACGCGAGUUGUGGAAACCGAAGGGUGCGAUGCACGUAACGGAUCUCCCUCGGCAGUUCUUUAUGGUGCGAUUUGAUAUGGAGGAGGAGUACAUGGAGGCGUUGACAGGAGGACCGUGGAAAGUUUUUGGAAGUUACCUUAUGGUCCAAGAUUGGUCACCGGAUUUUGAUCCAAUGAGAGAUGAAAUUACGACGACACCAGUCUGGGUUCGGCUCUCGAAUAUACCAAUGCUCUUUUAUCAUCGACAGAUUUUAAUGGGUAUUGCUGAAGGGUUGGGAAAGCCACUUAAGGUGGAUUUAACCACGCAAAAUUUGGACAGGGCUAGGUUUGCCCGAGUGUGUGUUGAGGUGAAUUUGAAAAAGCCCUUGAAGGGCACAAUCAUGGUGAAUGAUGAGAGGUUCUUUGUGUCUUAUGAGGGACUGUCAAGUAUAUGUUCAGCGUGUGGUUUGUACGGGCAUCUUGUUCACGCAUGUCCGAAGACGAUGCAGGAAAAACUGGUCGCUUCGCAAACUACGCAGUCAACCCAAGAGUUGAAUCAGAAUGUGGUCUCGCAGCCUAAUGACGGUUUCCGGUUGGUCCGAAGAAACUCUAGACGAACGGAGAAGCCCCAGUCGUGUGAGAAUACGGUGCCUGAAGCGUCGGGAGAAGCGGGACGUAAUCUCCGGGAAAUCACAACCGGUCGGGAUUCGGGGAAUAUUGCGAUAUCAAAUAGAUUUGGAAACUUAGAUACACAGUUGGAAGCUUCAGAAUUAAGGGAAGGGAAUUCAAUUUGUGUAUCGGAUAAGGAAAAUGCGGGUGUAGGGGAUCCGAGGUCUAAAGGAAAGGGUGGGAAGCAAGUCACAUGA